AUCUUCAUCGGGGAGGUUUCCAUGUACAUGAUGAAGUCCACACGGGCGGUGCUACUAUCCCAGGAGAAGACCAUCUUGACGGGGGAGUGCUGCUACCUGAACCCCCUUCUCAGGAGAAUCGUCAGGUUUAUUGGUGUGUUUGCAUUCGGCCUUUUUGCAACAGACAUCUUUGUGAACGCUGGCCAGGUGGUGACGGGUAACCUGGCGCCGUACUUCCUGUCUGUGUGUAAACCCAACUACACCGGCACCGAGUGUCGCUCCACCCACCAGUUCAUCUCCAACGGUAACAUCUGUACCGGCAGCCCGGUCGUCGUGGAGAAGGCUCGGGACGCUCCUUCCCUUCCAAAGACGCCUCGCUCAGCGUCUACUCGGCUGUCUACGUCACG